UGAGAGCAUCCCACGCUCGUACCCAUCUCGUGCGCAGAGUCCUACCCGAUAGCGUUUCUGUUUGUGCACAUCAACUCAGCGGAGAGCAGGCUUCUCACCUUCGUGCGCGUUUCCAAAUCAACUGCAGAUAUUUGGUCUUUUUUCUUCUUAAUUUUAUUAUUAUAAUUUUUUGGAAGGGUUCCUCGUCUGCAGUUCCUGACAUCACACUGAUGUUCUUCACUUCUGAGCUCUCCACCCAGUCAGCAGGGGAGCGCUGGACCAGAGACGCACAAGCAGGGGAGAGCAGGCUGAUGUUAGCGGCUGUGGUGAGGCUCUGUCUGCCAGUUUAAAACUAAAGAAACAGCUAAGACUCGUUUAAUGAACAAUUGUGGCUGCUGCGCUCGGUUUAGAGACCAUGGAUGCGCUGCACGGCCGCUGACCUGGCGGGUUACUUGUUUUGUGAAGUGUGCGCAGGAAUAGAUGCUUCACUUGAUUGAGCCCAGAUGAUUUUUUUUUUGCAAAGUGAUGGCAGGUCGUUAGCAGCUUGCUUUCAGUUUUCUCGGAGUUGGUGUGUGUGCGUGUGUGUGUGAUUACUUCUCUGCACCCCUCUGAUUACUUCUUACACCUGACUGUUAACAAUGAUCACCGGAGGUCCCGUUUCAGCGCGACUCGCUUACACAACAUCUACUGUGCAUGUGCAUCUCGUCUUGUGCGGCCGCGACUUUAUUUGCAGAUAACUUUUGAACCUGAACUCAAACUCAGGCUGUGGACUAGUUUCAGUCGGACUAUGACUUGGUCCAAACUUUGCUCUGCGCUCCUGCGGAUGAUCCAGUGAAACGUGCCAAGUUGUCUGUAGUUUAAUCGCGACAGCCUUGAGAUGUUAGGAAGUCCAUCAAACAACGGCGGCAUCAGGAUGCUGGCGCCUCCGGCUCCAAACGACGAGAGGCGGGUAGAGUUUGUGGCUCUCACCGCCGUCCAGACGGAGAGAAGCGAACCGUCCACUCCGGAGCGCGGACACCCGUCUCACCGCACGGGUCUGCUGGGCACCCCGCUGCCUGGACCGCCCGGACCUCGGGCCAACAUGUCCGCUUCAAGCAAGCGCUACAGAAAGUUUCAAAACUGCCUGUACAACGUGCUAGAAAGACCAAGAGGAUGGGCAUUCAUCUACCAUGCAUUCAUUUUUCUUCUGGUGUUCAGCUGCUUAGUGCUGUCCGUGUUCUCCACCAUCCCCGAACACCAGAAAGCUGCAAACCAAGGUCUCUUCAUCCUGGAAUUUGUCAUGAUCGUGGUGUUUGGCUUGGAGUACUUCAUCAGGGUUUGGGCAGCCGGAUGUUGCUGCAGAUACCGAGGAUGGAAAGGACGACUGAAAUUUGCCAGGAAGCCUUUUUGUGUCAUAGACUUCAUUGUGUUCGUGGCGUCACUGGGAGUGAUUGCAGCAGGCACGCAGGGCAACAUCUUUGCUACGUCCGCCCUGCGCAGCAUGCGUUUUCUUCAGAUUUUGCGUAUGGUACGCAUGGACCGACGAGGAGGCACCUGGAAACUUCUGGGCUCCGUGGUGUAUGCUCACAGCAAGGAGUUGAUCACAGCCUGGUACAUAGGUUUCCUGGUCCUGAUCUUUGCCUCCUUCCUCGUCUACCUGGCAGAGAAAGACAUCAACUCAGACUUCAACACUUAUGCAGACUCCCUCUGGUGGGGGACUAUAACUUUAACUACGAUUGGCUACGGUGACAAGACCCCUCAUACGUGGCAGGGACGGCUCCUAGCUGCGGGCUUUGCUCUUCUGGGAGUCUCUUUCUUUGCCCUGCCUGCUGGAAUUUUGGGGUCAGGCUUUGCCUUAAAGGUUCAAGAGCAACACAGGCAGAAACACUUUGAGAAGAGGAGGAUGCCUGCAGCAAACCUGAUACAGGCUGCAUGGCGUCUCUACUCAACAGAUGCCAAACACUCCUAUCUAACAGCUACUUGGUACUUCUACGACAGCAUGUUGCCUUCUUUCAGAGAACUGACGCUACUGUUCAGUCACCUCCAGAGACAGCGUAACACCAAGAAGGUUCUCCACAACUCCUACCACACGCUGCUGUCUGGGCUGCGGCCCUACAGCUCCCCCUACCUGUCGGGGGACAGGAAGGCAGAAGUUCCAUGCAGUCAACUCCUCUCUAAAAAGCGGGGUCUCUUCCGGAUACACGCUGGCCGCAAGCAGAGCGGUAAAAUAGGCUUUCGGGAUCGGAUCAGGAUGAACAAUUCCCGUUCAUCCCAAACCAUUCGGAACAAGGCUUCGCCGUUGCCCCCUAGCUCCGGUGUCCGCCGCUCUCCCAGCCAGGAGAACGUCCCCGAGGCCACGAGCCCGGGAAAGGUCCAAAAGAGCUGGAGCUUCAAUGACCGCACACGCUUCCGCACCUCCCUGCGCCUCAAACCGCGUCCUCCUGUUGAUGAGGGACUCGGGGAGGACAGCGUGGAAGACAAACCAUACUGUGACGUAACAAUGGAGGAGGUGAUCCCAGCAGUGAAGACGCUUAUACGAGCUGUCAGGAUCUUGAAGUUCCUUGUGGCCAAGAGGAAGUUUAAGGAGACACUACGCCCGUACGAUGUGAAGGAUGUCAUAGAGCAGUAUUCUGCUGGACACUUGGACAUGCUGGGCCGCAUCAAGAGCCUGCAGACCAGGGUGGACCAGAUAAUUGGACGAGGAGCUGUUCAGCCAGAUAAGAAGACACGUCCUGAAAAGGGAGAGAAGACACAGCCAGAACUGGACUCACUGGAUGAGCUAAGCAUGAUGGGCCGUGUAGUCAAGGUGGAGAAACAGGUUCAGUCCAUAGAAAACAAGCUGGACCUCCUGCUCAACUUUUACUCCCAGUGCCUGAAGAAAGGCUCGUCCAACUUUACCUUGUCCUCCCUCCUCGACCCCGACCUGACUUCUGACUACCACAGCCCCACGGACCAAAGAGACCUCUUCCCCUCUGCUAACACACUCAUCUCUCAGUCUGAGAGCGGCAACUUGGAAUGACAAUGAGCUGACUGUUCGAACAAAGGCACAAACCCUUUACAGUAUGUCUUCCUAAGGCUGUGUCCUCACUCAGCCUAAAUUACUUCUCAUCACUUCCUUUCAUUUCAGUCUUCACUCUGCAUCCCCCCUUUACUUUCCCCCUCGAGUGAACGUUUCCAGCCCGAGGCCACCAGAUGGCUCCACCUGACAGGGAGCCACAGCCAAAGCUGCUCACCGCACACACCUCUGAACCCACUACUGUACAUGAGGAUGGAGAUGAAGAAAGGACACGUGAACGACUAAUACUUGACUACUGAACCACUCUCAGCCGCUCACUUCAUGCUAUAUAUACAUCGAUGCCUAAUUUAAAGCUGUAGAUAAUCGGUGGGGUUCACUGAAGUUUUUUAAAGUUUUAGAGAAAUCUUUUGUCCACACCAUCAGUUUUCAUCAGACACUGAUUUGUCUGUGAUUACUUUGAUAAUUUAGGAUGGCAUCACAGCUCUUGAGUAGCACCAAAGGAGCUGAGACAAGGUGCUCCUGUGGAAAGGGGGAGAAUCUCUCAGGCUCAGCUGACAGCCACCAGACUCCAGUGGUAUCAUCUGAACAAAAGGAAGGGGGUAAACGUGUAAAUCCUGCUUUAAUUGCCCAAACUACACACAUGAAACAGAGUUAGGAGAAUGUGUUGGACUGGUGUGCAUACAGUACAUGACUCCUUAGAAGUUUGGUCUCCAACAAGCCCACAUGCAAAAAAAAACAACAAAGAAAGAAAGAAAACAACCCACACACAUCCCUGUUUGACUGAAAUAAGGAAUGCUCGUACUUGUUUAGAAUUUAAUAGAGCCAAAAUGUUCUUUAACAGGC